AUGGAAAACCUUCGGAAACAGCACGAAGCCGACUUACAACAGUUACGCGCUGAACAAGCCGCGUUCCGAGCUCAAUGGCAACAAAAUCCACCACCACCAUACACUCACCAUGCUAGUCAUGCUCCACCAACCACGGAAGAAUAUCAGUCUUCUCAUGAUCCUACGUACCCUCCUCAACCCAGCCGAACUCACCAAUCCGUGCAAACCCACAUCAGCCGCCCUGAUCAUGAUCCUCUUUCCACUCGGCGACAUCCUUUCGUUGAUGGAAUAAUGGAAGUUCCCCUUCCAAAUACUUGGAAGCCAUUAAACAUCGACAGAUAUGAUGGAACUACUGAUCCCGAUGAACACAUUGAUGCGUAUGUUACCCAGAUUAACCUGUACACAAAUGACGAUGCCAUUAUGUGUCGCGUGUUCCCAACUUCACUCAAAGGAGCCGCUCUCAGUUGGUACACACAACUACCACCCAGAUCAGUAGACAAUUUCGAUACCUUGGUCCGCCUUUUCUCUACCCAAUACGCUACCAGCAGACCUCAUCAUAUCACCUCGGCAGCGCUGUCCAAUUUGCGACAACAGGAUGAUGAAUCCCUCAGGCAUUUUAUGGAGCGAUUUGCUAACGUUUCCAUCAAAAUACGAAACCUUAAUCCUGAAGUCGCCCUCCAUUCCAUGCUGAUGGAACUUAAACCUGGACCCUUCGUUAACAGUCUUUGCCAACACCAACCAGCCACCAUGGAUGAACUUCGAGCACACGCUGCCGGAUAUAUUCAGAUGGAAGAGCAUGCUGAGUUUCGUAACCAUAUCCGAGAUGACCUCGCUGCCAAAGGGGAGUCUAGUACCAGGGAGAAGUCCAAAACUCAUUUCGACCAGAGAUCAAAAAGACCUCGUCAGUCACGAGGUCCCAGGUAUGAAUUUUAUACCCCUCUUAAUGCUCCUCGUAUUAAUAUUUUAGAGGAAGCUAACCAUGCAGAUUUGAUCUCUCUACCUCCACCCGCACACAACUCGGCCAAUGCCGACAAGAGCAAGCAUUGCCGUUAUCACCGAAAUUACGAGCAUACAACAGAGGAGUGUUGGAGUCUCAAAGACCGCAUAGAAGAACUUAUCCAGGCUGGUCACCUCGGGCAAUAUAUCCAACGCGGACAGACUUCUCGUGGAGGCUUUCGAGGACGUGGUAGAGGACGCGGCCGACAUCCAGGCUGA